ACGCAACCUGCAGGGCAAUUGCACAGAAUUGAGUUGCAUGGUCAGUCCCUCCGGGGUUUUGCAGGUGGCAGAACACAACGCAAAAUCAAGCAAACUUCGCUGCAGAAUUGGGCCGAGACAUGUCAUGUGACUUCAUCACAGUGCGCAGUCACCCAAAACCCCCUACAAUUCGCUUGCGUCAAACAUGAGUCACAUUUACUGACAAAAAUGCCGUUUCGCCAGUUCAAGACAUUUUCUGCAAAAAAAAAAGCACCAAAAAAAAAUUGUGCAUCACAAAUUUUGUGAGAGAAAAAGCCGCAGCAAAAUCAAGAACUUUUAGCCAACAAUCACGCAAAAAAAAACUCUGCAAAAUCCUGUACAGUCUGGUAAAUAAGACCUGUUAGCUGUACUCGUGUUCGACACACUUGAAUCGAAGAGGGCUUUGGCUGACCGUGCGUUGCGAUGACGCAUCUUGGCCCAAAUCUGCGGUACUUUUGAAACAUUGCAAGCUCCUCUGAAUAUUGCAGAGUUUCUGCGAUCACAGAACCCUUGAGGGACUGAUUACGCUGUACAGGCUAGUCGAACUGAUUGUUCUAGUAUAGCUGAAUAUUUCCUGAUCUGAAACCUCAACAUCUUAAAAACAAGCCUAAAUUAAAACUGCUAUUUUAAUAAACCCAGAGAGAUUUUUCUUUAUACAAUUCGAGACGUUUUAAAUCUGCACUUUAACACUGUUCAGGUUGUCUUCUGUGGAUGGAAAUGUCCAUAUUAAGAAUUUCUUUACUUCUGUAAAGAGUGCUAUUAUUACGUUUAAGUGUUGAGCUGUCAUUAUUUAUCAUAGGUUUGGCACUUCAAGUGCUGUGAGUUAAUAUUUACCUUUCAGUGUGUUAUUUUAGCUUUAAUUUGGUUUUGAGCACAAUGUGCCGCUGUUUUUACUUUCCGCACACGGUUCACAUAAUUAAUAUGCAGGGAGAGAAUAUGUCAUUUUGGUAUACAUACCACUAUUAUAGGCUUUAACGUUGUAACAGGCUGUUAUUUAUUUAGUUUUACGUGUUGUACAUAAUGUUCUGUUCUCUUAUUUCCUCUCACUUCAAUAAAGUCAACUGUGUCCGUUGAGUCACUGCUGAAGGCGCCUUGCCAAAACCAUUAACUUGCCAUUUUUUUUUUUUUCUUUCUUUCAAGAUCACAUUUGCUGACUCUGUCUCCUGCUUUCGAACAAGUAAAACAAAUCUGUGCAAGGGUCAUUAGGUCCAGUGCAAAAUGACCAUCUAAUCUAAAUUGUCUCCAGCAAGAAUGAUCUAUUUUUCCCUGAUUUACUCUGUGAUGUAACGUUAGUCCUUUUUAAACACCGUUCUUCCUGGAUCACUUACUCCUGUUGCAGGGUUAGGUGGAAUUAGCAACUUAAAAAUCACAGCUUAUUAGGUAACAACACAACAAGGAGUUCAGGUGCAUCCUGAGACAUUCUGUGCUUGGAUGAUUAAUGUGGUGAAAGUUUGGCCUGGCAGUGCGAGGGGAAAUGGAUAUUUGGCUGCAUUCAGAAUGAACAAUUAUGGUGACCGAGUAAACAAACCUCUGGAAAAACUGGCAUAUUGAAAUUGGUUCAUUGUUUCAGUGUAGAGUUUAAAUUCAAGAUUAAGCAAAAACAUUUUCAGGGUCAGAAAUGUCAUUGGCACUAAUUGAAGUCAGUUCGCUUGCUCUGAUUUUGUGCACUCUGACCCCAUUUCAGUUCAAAACUAGUCUCAAGCUAAAAUGAAAAUGAAACCAUUUAGCAAAACAUUAUUCGUUAGUCCCGUUUGUUUUAUUGGGUGGAACUGCUUUGUGUUGUUUGCACACAACCUUUUCACUUUACACUGUAGGCCAGGGGUGGGCAAUCUUAUCCGGAAAGGGCCGCUCUGGGUACAGGUUCUCAUUCCAACCAAGCAGAAGCCACACCUAUCUAUCUAUCACAAUCUAUUGAAAGCCAAGCUGAAUUGAUUAAACAGGUGGAAUCAGGUGUGCCUCCUGGUUGGUUGGAAUGAAAACCUGCACCCACACCGGCCCUUUCCGGAUAAGAUUGCCCACCCCUGCUGUAGGCUAUACGUUGGCUGUGGUUCAGAUCGAUUGCUGGUCUUGCCGUACGUAGAUAAUUACCGUCUAGGGGAGGAAAAUGGGCUAGUGGAAGAAUCACUAAGGCUGGCCACACACUUGAAGAUUUUAAACCCGAUUUCCACCCCCUCCAACCAUCGGGGGCAAUUUGAGUCUUGUCGCUGCCAACAUUUUGCCCAAAAAAUUCACUCAAUUGUGUGGUGUCAUUAUGAUUAUUUUACAGCUUGGGAGUGAGUCGGAGCCUCCCCGAUCCCAAAUCGUAAAUAUCAAACAUGUAUGAGGCGGGAUACCCGCAAUAGCCAACGAGAGCGAGCAAGCCUCACCAACCAGGUGUUGCGUGCUUUGAUGGCAGAAACAUAGCAGCCACAAACAUGCCACGAAUGUGGAGUAUGGUUCCGCAAUAGAGACAACCGAAGAAAAUUUUAACAGCAUAUUGAGCCUAGGAUGCUGUGCUCUCUGGUUCUUGAGAGAGAGAGAGUGAGACAGUUAAAUAAUUUUCUGCUGUGUAAAUGAGGUCGAGAUCCUCGAGAUCGUUACUAUGUUCGUUUCUGUGAAAUCAUCACUACAAUAGACAGGUGUGUGUGGUCUCGCGGUCUGGCCGAAUCAUCUAGCGUGUGCAUUCGGAGGAUUAUAAUGUGAAAAAUCAUUUGAAACUGUCAUAUCUGUGGUCUCCCACGGUUUUAAAAUCGGCUAAGGUUUUUUAAAAGUCAUUUAGUGUGUCCCUGGUGUAACCCGGGCACCUGAAACAAGCAGAUUUCACGUCUGGGCUGUUUGUUUUAUUAUUCAUAGCUGCCUGACAGACAAGGUGUUUCAACAACCAGAACCAGACAAAAUAACCUAGUCUGUAUUGAUAAGCAUUGUUGCGUAUGUUUAAAUUUGAUGCGCUUCACAGUCGUGCCUUGAUGCUGUAAUUAUAGCACAAGCUGCUCUUUCCAAAUCCCACCACAUGCUGCACUACACGCAUCAGUUGACACACAAGAACAGUAUCUGCAGAGCGGUUUUUACUAGGCGCAUUUACAGACAAUCUUCAGGAACAGGCAGUUAUGUGGAAACACUAAUUAAGCUGAGCAAAAUAAACCGCAGAGAACAUGUGUCGUUUAACUCUCCUGCUAGCACAACAUGAGCAGUACGUCACCUCACACCGAGACAAAAAAUAAUGUACAGAUCAUCAUGGAAAAAUACAACAAGCAUGUUAAGUGCAUCCUGAGAAGUAGUACUUUUUUGUUGUUGUAUUUAUUUGUGAUAGUUUCUAUAUGACCUAUUUUUAUGACAUUUUCUAUUUUGUCCCAAUGCUGCUCAGUAUAUUGCACAAUUCUUAAACGGUGGUCUUUAUCCAUGAGAGCGGGCAAAGUAGGAAUUUCCUUGUCCGAGGCAAACAUGUCUUGCACCUCCAGGGUUGGGGGUUCGAAUCCCACUUCUGUCCUGUAUGCGUGGAGUUUGCAUGUUCUCCCUGUGCUUUGAAGGUUUCCUCCAGGUACUCCGGUUUCCUCCCCCAGUCCAAAGACACGCAUUGUAGGCUGACUGGCAUUUCCAAUUGUCCGUAGUGGGUGAUUGUGCCCUGCGAUGGGUUGGCACCCCAUGCAGGGUAUCCCCCACCUUGUGCCCCGAGUUCCCUAGGAUAGGCUCAACAACCCCGUGUAGGAUGAGUGGUAUGGAAAAUGGAUGGAUAUAUUACUAUAUUAUUUAUCAUGAUAUUAAUAUUAUAUCAUCAUAUCGCCCAACCCUACAUAUUAUAAUAAAGUUCUUGUAUUUUGAAUCUUUUUACAUUUCUACACAAAUAGCUAACCAACUUUUAAUUGGACACCUUAGGAAAAAGUCUUAAAAUUAGUUAGUUUACUAUAUAGGUCUAUUCAUGCACUCACGAUGAUGAUUUGAGACACACUCCUAUGCUUUCAGUAGGCUACAAUUCUGCUGACGUCAGAGAGGUCCUAUGACUCCAGGAAACACCGCAGUCACACUGACAGAUAGGCGCAAAGCCCUACUUAAAGUCACCUGUCCUAAAUAGCAGCUCCGUCUCAGUUUCAUUCUCACACACCAAGUAAACACGCAGCGUGUAGCUAAGAGAGAGCUAAGAGUGUAUUUGACUUGACCUUAUGCAGGUAUUCGAGUAAGCAGACAAUGAAGACUGAUUGAAAUCCACCACCUUUCCUAAGCCAUUCCGUCCCGGAAUGAUCCGCUGUGUUUUACCUUGAAGAGGGUGGUGGCACAGACUAAAUAACUUCUGACACUUUGUCCACACUGGAAACCGGCUAGGCCUGGUUUUAUUACUGUAGUGAGAAAAUCUUUAUGAGGCAAUGAGCUUUUAACGAGCCUUUUUACAAGCCUUUAGAAUUUAGGCUUGUUAGCAGAUUCUGACCUGACAUUCUUUGUUUUAAAUGCCAUUUUAGAAAGUCUGUGUUGAUAUAGUCCCAGUCCAGCAGGAGCGUAAAUGUGCCCCAUGUUUGCACGCUAAGCGGACUUCCAUUCACCUGCAAUUGCCAUUCCUGCUCCAGCGCUCACAGUUUCUGCUGUUGCUUCCAUUACUGUGAUUGCGACACCUCAAGUCACAAAUUCUGAAUCCUUCCUUGUGAGGUCAUUUACAGUUUCCUUUUUUUGGUUAAUGGGCCUCGUGUAACAGGAUGAUGUUUAAAUUUAGCAGGAGGACAUAAGCAGAUCACAGGCUUUCUAAUAAAGGCAUGUCUUGUUUCCAGAAACUCCAAAAUGGAUUGUAAAUUACAUGUUGACAUGGAGGUAAUCCACAGACUGAAGUUUGUGCUUGAUAGUGCGUACAGCAUGCCCUAAAGAGGACAUUUCAGCCUGAGUAGAUAAAGCCAGUGCAUUAUAAAGGAAUAGUGUGUUCCUAAUGUUGCUUGCACUUUCCCCAAAAGAAAGAUAACUUGGCCAGGAUUUUGUAAACCUUGAUCCUUGGUUGCUCUGCACGUGUCUCGCACUGGCGAGUGAGGAUGAAGGCGCCGGGCCGCGGGCGUCGCUGAACAUGUACGCGGCAUCAGGGAUGACUGAGUGCAAGGCCGAGGUGACACCGUCGACGCGCAAUGGCCACCGCGUGUUCAGCUACACGCUUGAGAGCCACACGGCCGCUGCCUUCGCCAUCAUGAAUGAGCUGCGGCUUGAGCGGCAACUCUGUGACGUCACGCUGCGAGUAAAAUACAACGACCUGGAGGCUGUGGACUUUGUGGCACAUAAGGUGGUGCUGGCAUCCUCUUCACCUGUCUUCCGCGCCAUGUUUACCAAUGGCCUGAAGGAGUGUGGCAUGGAGGUGGUGCCCAUCGAAGGGAUCCACCCACGGGUAAUGGGACGAUUGAUAGAGUUUGCCUACACGGCAAGCAUCUCAGUCGGAGAGAAGUGCGUCAUCCACGUGAUGAAUGGAGCUGUGAUGUAUCAGAUCGACAGCGUGGUGAAGGCCUGCUGUGAUUUCCUGGUGCAGCAGUUGGACCCGAGCAACGCCAUUGGCAUCGCUAACUUUGCUGAGCAGAUUGGCUGCACCGAGCUGCACCAGAAAGCCCGCGAGUACAUCUACAUGAACUUCAGCCAGGUGGCGACGCAAGAGGAGUUCUUCAAUCUCUCUCCAUGCCAGCUGGUAACGCUGAUCAGCCGUGAUGAGCUGAACGUACGCUGUGAGUCCGAGGUAUACCAUGCAUGCGUGGCGUGGGUGCAGUAUGAACGUGAUGAACGGAGGCCAUACAUGCAGGCACUGCUACAAGCCGUGAGGUGCCACUCACUUCCACCACACUUCCUGCAGCGCCAGCUUGAGCACUUUGAAUGGGACGCACAGAGCAAGGAUUAUCUAGCACAGAUCUUUCAGGACCUGACACUGCACAAGCCCACCAAGGCAUUGGCAUGCCGCACACCUAAGGUACCGCAACUUAUCUACACAGCCGGUGGCUAUUUCCGCCAGUCACUCUGCUACCUCGAGGCGUUUAACCCAGGCACUGGUGCCUGGCUGCGCCUGGCGGAUCUUCAGGUGCCCCGCAGUGGCCUGGCAGCAUGUGUGAUCAGCGGGCUCUUCUACGCCGUUGGAGGGAGGAACAAUGCACCCGAUGGCAACAUGGACUCCAACACUCUGGACUGCUACAACCCUAUGAACAAUUGCUGGCUCCCAUGCGCCCCAAUGAGUGUACCCCGGAACCGAAUUGGCAUUGGGGUCAUUGAUGGUAUGAUCUACGCCGUUGGGGGCUCACAUGGAUGCAUCCAUCAUAACAGCGUAGAGAGGUACGACCCGGAAAGAGACUCGUGGCAACUGGUGGCCCCCAUGCUGACCCGGAGAAUAGGGGUGGGCGUGGCUGUCAUUAACCGCCUCCUCUAUGCAGUGGGUGGGUUUGAUGGAACGCAUCGUCUGAGUUCGGUGGAGUGUUACAACCCUGAGAAAGACGAAUGGAGGGGCACAGCACCCAUGAACACUGUCCGCAGCGGAGCAGGUGUGUGUGCACUGAAUAACCAUAUCUAUGUAAUGGGUGGCUAUGACGGCACCAAUCAGCUGAACACGGUGGAGCGCUAUGACGUGGAGACCGACAGCUGGACCUUCAUCUCAUCAAUGAGACACCGGCGCAGCGCACUGGGAGUCACCCCCCACCAAGGACGCAUCUACGCACUCGGAGGAUAUGAUGGGAACACAUUUUUGGACAGCGUGGAAUGCUAUGACCCUGAAACGGACACAUGGGCCGAGGUCACGAGGAUGACCUCUGGGCGGAGCGGGGUCGGUGUUGCGGUUACCAUGGAGCCGUGCCAAAAAGAUUGUAAGAAGGGUUGUCCGAAAGAUUGUCAGAAAGAAUGUCAGAAAUUCUAGUGCCUCCUUUCUUCUCCUUGCUCUUUGUCCUUCCAUAUUUCUAUUCCUUCCUCUUUCAACCAGGAUCACCAGUGAUUAAAAUUCUGGUGCUUCGAGAACUUUCAAAGUCUUCUAUAAAGGAGAGCAAACGGGUCUCUGGACAUUUACAGGGUUCACGCAAAGCCGUGGUGUUGACUAUGAGAUCGGAGAGGCCAGAAGAUGCUUCCAGACAGGACUGGUUAAUAUUUAUUUGUUGUUGGGUUUUAUAGCCAGACCACCAGGCAUCGGGAUCAUUUAAUGUGAGUCAGCCUGUGUCUCCUGUUUGUAUUCCUGACCAGCCUUGUCCAGCUAAAACAAAUGUGACUACAAGCCGAUCAUUUCUCCUGAAGUAGAAGUUGCAGAUCAGCACCUUGGACCACAGAUGUCAACAUUUUUUAAAGUGCCAUUUUUGUGUCUCACAAUACAUUUCGGUGUCCGAGUCUGUGCUGCUGUUCCGGGCUUAUUGAACCACAAGGACACAGAGAGGCAGUGAACACUUGUGGGCUGGUUCAGAAAAAAGUCAAAUUCACACAAUCUGCCACUUACUCUACAUCUAUUUGUUCAGCAAAAACAUGUUUCAUGUCUGAUGUUUGCUUCUUUAGUUUUGCACCUGGCUACGAGUUUAGUGGAGCGGAGUAAGGAAGUCUAUCGCGCAUAAAUAUGAUUUUGUAAAUAACAUUCUUCCAGAAUUCACCCAGACUGUAAUCUCGAGCUGUGUAAAAUGGGACCACGACCCCCCCCCUUAAUAUUUUUACUCUGAUGUUCAGGAAAACACCAUUAAACGUCCCACAUUAGAUGAGCAAAAUAUUUCGAUAGAAAUUUGGUCUCGGUUUGUAUCUGUACUGAUCAGUAUACUAUAGUUAAAAAGAUUUGUUGUUUUUAAAUGAAUUAUUUGUUGAAACAGAACUAAGUUCAGGAUCCAGAGCAGGCAAAAACCAAAACAUUAGAAGAGGAUGGGAGUGGCAUUCAAAUUUUGUUUGUUUUUUUUUUGUUGUUUUUUUUUAAACAACCAGUGCUGUUACUGCCUCUACCUGGAGGUUAUGUGGAUGAUAAUACAGUUCUACUUUGAAGUAAAAUAUGUAAAUGUGCUCUAUCCCUACUAUUUUGCUAACAUAUUUGUAACCAAACAUAGCUUACAGGUGUCAAUUGAAGCAGGUUUUUUUUUUUUUUUUUUUUUU